UCUUCAUCAAAAACCAUUUUUAUGAGUGUGUCGCGGCAGCAUGACUUAAUCAAAACCUCCCGCGGAUCGAAGCGAUGUCUGGACCAUCUGGUGUGAUGGACUGGCGCUCUCAGACGAGGCUGAAGCUGAUGCUGCUGAACGUGUUUCUGCUUGUGUCUACCUACACUGUCUGCCUGCACGGAAACCCUACCACAGGAGUGGACCAUGAUCUUCACUGUGUGAACGAUUACCUGUUCACAAUCAACUGCACCCUGAGCAUCGCAACGUCAGAAGACCCCUCAGACAGCAACAGCUCCUACUGGCUCACUUUCACAGAAGCAUUUGAUGAAAUGACGUUAGUGUGCAUGCUGACAAAGACCGAUGAGUAUUACUUCUGCUCCGUUCAAAAGCCCAAUACAAGGCCGGACAACGACCCUUAUCCAGACAUCUUCGACGAUUUAGAUGCUUUUGAAAUCUCACUUUGUCACAACCAAACUGAGACUGAAAUCUGUGAGCAGAUGGAGGAAGAAUAUGAGCCUGUGAAAAACAUUAAACCAAACCCACCGUGCUGCCUCACAGUCAGCCACAACUCAAGUCACCGCCACUUCACCUGGAGAAGUACCUAUGAGAAAUAUCAUCGAAGCAACUAUCUGCCCAAGAACCUCAAGUAUCAGCUCCAUUACUACAAAAGAGGAGACAAACAUAACGUGUUAUCACAUGACAUCAACACCAACAGUGUGAAUUUCACUGUGGAUGACCAGAACUUUGUGCCAGACACCAAGUAUGCUGCCAGAGUACGAUCCAGUCCUAAUGGGGCUCAUUUCCAGGGACAGUGGAGUGACUGGUCUUCUGAGGUUUACUGGAAGACAGAGUCAGCUAUGCAUGAGGUUUACUUGAAGACGGGGGCAGCUGUUAAAAAUCCCCCAUCAAGUACAUUUGUUUCUGGACUGGUUAAAGUGUUCAUCCCCUUAUGUGUGGUGGUGCCACUCGUCUUAGUUUUGUGCUACACUCCAGUUAAGAAGUGGAAGCAAAGUGCCUUCAUCCCAACACCUGCACCCUAUUUCAACACUCUGUACAGCGACUGCAACGGAGACUUCAAGAGCUGGGUGGUCACACAAGAAAACACGGCUGACAUGCUGAAGGCAGAGGAAACGCUCCAAAUCGACACGUUUACCGAGUGUGCAGUUGUCGAGGAGGAAGAGGAGUGUCAGCCCCAGUUUCACCACAUGUUCACAGAGGGCAGCGCAUACAGCAAUCUAACUGACCCAACCUGCGACACGUCUCUGCUGGGCGUCCCGUACGCUGUGAGCACCAUGGCUCCGCUGUCGUCUCCAGGGAGCUCAUUCCAGAGUCUAACCUGCAGCUUGCAUCCAGGAAGCCCUGCUGAAGGAGACUCAGGGUGUUGGCUGGAGAGGGACCCUCCCUGGUACUGCAAUGAGUACUGCACCCUGAGUGCCUUCCAGCAGAGUGGCCCGGUCACAGCAGAGCACCAUGGGAGCCCCCCAACAAAAUCCUGCACAACAGGGACCAUCACAGUGGAGGGUACCACUGAAGCAUAAGCAUGUGUGUAGCAACUGGACAGUGAAAUGGGCCUAAAAUGUCAAUGUGUAAACUACGCACAUUUACAUAAGGAUAAAUGAUGCUUCAAACACUCCAAAUGAAUGUAUGCUAAAAUAACUACAAUAAAUUCUUAAUUUUAGUUUUUGCAGUGCAGAUAUUUGGCAUUUAGCGUGCACUGUUUGUAAAGUGUCUCCAUAGCAUUAAGCAUAAUGCAGAUAUUUAGAAUAUUAAUUUUAUAAUCAUUGGCUUGCAUCAACUGAGUAAAUAGC